CCCGUUAUCACUGACGAGCUACUCAGUACCGAUUCUGCGCUUUCCUUGGUGAUUUCUGACCGUGUCUCAUUGCUCGAAAAAGCGCCACAAAUGCAUCGCCUAUCGAUAGCACUGGUUGCAGUGGUUGCAAUCGUUUGUCACCUAAUUCCUGCGAUUGGCGGUCAUGGUAUGGUCUUGGACCCGAUUGCACGUGGUUCCCGGUGGCGAUGCGACACGAAAGCACCAGCUAACUACGACGAUAAUGGUCUGUUCUGUGGUGGAUACUUUGCACAGUGGGAGCAAAACGGAGGCAAGUGUGGCCUCUGCGGAGAUAAUUUCGCAGAUUCCACGCCACGGUUACACGAACUGGGUGGACACUUUGGCCAGGGUACCAUCGUUCGUAACUACACCAUGGGAGCUGUUAUCGAGGUGAAAGUGAUGAUUACCGCCAACCAUCAGGGACAUUUUGAGUUCAAUUUGUGUGAUUUGAGCAAUGGUGCUCGGGAAAAUGAUGCAUGUUACGAGCAGAUCCCACUGCUUGACGCCGAAAAUCGACGAAAGUGGUAUCUCAAUUCAACGUUGAGCGGAGAGUACAGUGUGAAUUUAAAGCUACCCGAGGGUCUGGUCUGCGAGCAUUGUGUUCUACAGUGGACGUAUGUCGCAGGCAACAAUUGGGGCUACUGCGGGGAUGGAACUGGCCGGAUGGGGUGUGGACCACAGGAAAACUUUCGUACCUGCUCAGAUAUCGGUAUCUACAAGAGCUCGGACGCUCGUCUGGCCAAAUCGUACUCUUACUGUUCCUCAACACCACGGUCACUGAAUUGGAUUUUCGACAACAUCCCCGCCCAUGAGGAAGUGCCUGAGGACGAUAACGACCACGUGUUCUGAGUCAAGUGAAGUGCAUCAAAUAGUACUUUUUCAAGUUCAAUUAGAUUAAGUAGGUGUAAUUGAUCACCUAUCAAGGAAUUUAUAAAUGAGUAAAUAAACAAUUGAGAAAAA